CGAGGAAGCAGUUUACUUCCUGUUUAGCUCUGUCUUCUCGUUGCUGCAGCUCAACUGACUUGCAGCCAUGCGGUUCCGUUUCUGUGGGGAUCUGGACUGCCCUGAUUGGGUACUUGCCGAAAUAAGCACAUUAGCCAAGAUUUCAAGUGUGAAAAUGAAACUCCUCUGUGCUCAAGUGCUGAAGGAUUUGCUGGGAGAGGGCAUAGAUUAUGACAAGAUUACAAAGCUAACUGCAGAUGCAAAGUUUGAGAGUGGAGACAUCAAAGCUAGUGUGGCAGUACUCAGCUUCAUUUUGUCUAGUGCUGCUAAGCAUGAUGUUGACAGUGAAUCUCUGUCAAGUGAACUGCAGCAGCUUGGUCUGCCUAAAGAACACACAACAGGGCUUUGCAAGUCAUAUGAAGAUAAGCACUCUGCCCUGCAAGAGAAGCUACGAGAGACAAGCCUGAGAUUGGGACGACUGGAAGCUGUCUCCUGGCGUGUGGACUACACACUGAGCUCAAGUGAACUGAGGGAGGUGAAUGCACCAAUGAUCCAGCUUAAAUUGCAGGCACAAGGAGCUGAGUCAGACUCCACAGAGACGACUGUUGUUUCUGUUUCUGCUGAUAAGUUCAGGGUACUUCUUGCAGAGCUCAAACAAGCCCAGGCUAUGAUGAAUGCACUACAGUGAAGAAUGGACAAGUCAGACCAAUGACAAAUGGUCUCAUAGGCUCACAGAAGUGCCAUUCUUAUAAUUUUAAAGUGAAUAUUUUGUAUGAAAUAAGUCAUUUCAAAAAUGGCAUGAUUGUCUCAUUCCAUUUCGGGUGAAGUAAUACUGAAUUGUAUUUUUUUCAACACACUUGAAAGUGGAAAAGUUUCUUGACUAGCUGAUUUGUCAAAGAAACAAGAAAAUCAAUGGACCAUUUUGUACAGUAUUGUAAAUUAAUUCACACAUUUCUGUUUAAAUAAAUUUUACAGUUUAUGUAUUACCUUCAUGUGCUCAUGAAUAAGUUAAUUAAAAAAGUUACA